CAUCUCGCCGUAAGCAGCUCCUCAAAGUCGUCUCAGCAAAAUCCUGGCACCACCACGGCCUUUCGCCCAAGCAGGCAGCCGCGCCGACCCACGGCCCAGAGCAAAGCAGAGGCGUCGCGCCCGCGGUCAGUGCCAGUUGGGUCGGGGUCGGACGCGACGCUGCCCCUAUUAAUAAGCCGCCGUGCGCGUGCCCUGCCACCAUCCAUCCCCAGUUCCCCGCCUCGCGAUCCAGCCCGACCCCGCCUCGCCUCGCCUGGAAACCAGCGUCCGCCGCGCCGUCUCGUCGAGAGGGGAGCAGGAGGAGGAGUAAUCCAUCAGCACCAGCAAGAUGUCGACUGCCACUGCCCCAAGAUUGUCCGUCCCCAAAUCCGGGGCAAGCUUCCAAACCGCCGCUCCCGCGACCAAGAACCCGUCUUUCAUCGGCUACACGAAGCAGACGCCCAGCGCGCCAGGCAUACGGCUCUCCAGCAGGUUCAAGGUGUCCGCUACGGCCGUGCACAAGGUGAAGCUGGUCGGCCCGGACGGGGCGGAGCACGAGUUCGACGCCCCCGAGGACAUGUACAUCCUGGAGGCCGCGGAGAACGCCGGGGUGGAGCUGCCCUUCUCCUGCCGAGCCGGGUCCUGCUCCACCUGCGCGGGCAAGAUGUCGACCGGCGAGGUCGAGCAGUCGGAGGGGUCGUUCCUCGACGAGGGCCAGAUGGCCGAGGGGUACCUCCUCACCUGCAUCUCGUACCCCAAGGCGGACUGCGUCAUCCACACCCACCAGGAGGAGGAACUGUACUAGCUUGGCGCAGAUGUAUGUGCUUCGUUCCAUGGCGGCCCAUUCGUUGAGGCUCCAUUCCAUGGUAGAGAUUCGUUGUUGCCUUGUUGGGAAGGUCUAGUUUUGUUAUGCAGUGAUGGGCAUCUGGUUCAAGUCAUCAGUUCGGUCUCUUGAUAAAAUCAUGUUAUAUGAGUUGUGACAAUAAUUGUGGUAAUGUGGUUUCACAAUCCAAACCGCAUUUGUUCUGUGAUCAGCAAUUGCAACUUAUGCGACGUUAUGAAAUGGUAUUCUUAAGCGGACA